CGAAGAUCAAGACGCUGAUGGAUUGCCGACGACAGCCGCUGGUCUUGGGGGGAGAAGACGCCCAUGACCGAAUCAGCAACAGCGUUCUCUGUUACGCGGCCACUCUUAGCCAUUAGCCGGUUGCUCGCCCGCCCAUCAUGAUAGACUGUGGACCCUUGGACUGGGGUGUCUUCCGACACCGACAACACGAUAUGACUUUCAUGUUCUAUUACGAAUACUGACGACCUGAACGGAGCUGGAUCCUCGAAUUCCCUGAAUACACAGGGCCUGUUCUCUUGUCGUUGCAAUUGAUUAGCAAGACGGCUGUGUACUUCUAACCAGUAUGCCGACCAGCUCAGUUUAUCCAGACGUAGACAUCCCAGAUGUUGAUAUCUGGGGCUUUCUCUUUGAAGGGGAGCACAGGAUCCCCUAUCCAGAGGACAAGGUCAUCUAUAUCGACCCUUACACGUCCCGUAGCUACACUUUCAAGCAAGUCAAGGAUACCGCAAUCGACUUCGGCAAAGGUCUGAAGGCAGUGUGGGAUUUCCAGAAGAACGACGUUGUGUGUCUGUACACACCCAAUUGUAUCGACACGCCGGCAAUAAUAUGGGGUACACAAUGGGCUGGCGGUAUCAUUUCGCCCGCCAACCCAGGAUACUCGCCUGAAGAGCUCGCAUUCCAGCUGAAAGACUCUGGAGCCAGUGUCAUCAUCACCCAGAUGCCAAUGCUCGAGCAUGCCCGGAAAGCGGCUAAGAUUGCUGGCGUGAGCGAGGAUCGCAUAGCAGUGAUUGGCGACCAGAAGGAUCCCCAGGCUAGAGUGAAGCACUUUACAAGCAUUCGAAAUAUCAGCGGAGCAACCAGGUACCGACGAGUGAAGAAGAAGUCGACCGAUCUGGCAUUCUUGGUCUAUUCGUCUGGCACCACCGGUCUGCCCAAGGGCGUUAUGCUGAGCCACCGGAAUAUCGUCGCAAACUCUCUCCAAGGGGCUACACUCGAGGGCAACCUGGCAUGGAACAAUGGACCUAAUGGCGAGGGAGACAAAAUCCUAGGAUUUCUUCCCUUUUUCCAUAUAUACGGCUUGACCUGCCUCAUCCACCAUGCCAUCUAUCGUGGCAUCCAGCUCUAUGUCAUGCCGAAGUUCGACCUGCCCGACUUCUGCCGGUUCAUCCAGGAAUUCAAGAUUACGUUUGUUUAUGCCGUACCGCCCGUCAUCCUGCUGCUUGCAAAGCAUGAAAUCGUUUCAAAGUACGACCUGUCGUCUCUACGCAUGCUGAAUUCCGGCGCGGCCCCCCUGACCAAGGACAUCAUCCUUGCAAUCCAUGAGCGCCUCGGUGUCCGUGUCAAGCAAGGCUAUGGCCUAUCCGAGACCAGCCCAACCACACACUUGCAAGCCUGGGAGGCAUGGAACAAUCCCUGGGGCUCCGUCGGCAAGCUGCUUCCCAACCUUUCGGCCAAAUACGUCGGCGAGGACGAGAAGGAGGUCGAGGCGGGUCAAGUUGGCGAACUGUGGAUGAAAGGCCCGAACAUCUUUAUGGGAUAUUUGAAUAACGAGAAGGGCACUCGCGACUGUCUAACCGAAGACGGUUGGUUCCGAACUGGAGAUGUUGGGUACCAGGACAAGGACGGCAACUUCUUCAUCACCGACCGCGUGAAGGAGCUGAUCAAAUACAAGGGGUUCCAGGUGCCACCCGCCGAGCUCGAGGGCUAUCUCGCCGGGCAUGCGAAGAUUGACGACGUUGCCGUGCUUGGAAUCUACAGCGAGGAGCAGGCCACUGAGCUUCCCAGAGCAUACAUCGUGUUGAAGAAGGGAGUGAGCGCGGAUAAGAGCACGGCAGACGAGAUUAGCAACUGGCUGGCCGGCAAAGUGGCAAGUCACAAGAAGCUCAGGGGUGGUAUCCGGUUCACAGACGAGAUCCCAAAGAGUGUGAGCGGGAAGAUUCUGCGACGGGUAUUGAAAGAGCAGGCGAAGACGGAAGACGGCGCGCCCAAGGCAAAGCUGUAGGUAUGGACUGUUGAUGCAUGUCAUGAGGGAUUGUUUAUUGCAUUUCAUGACGGACAGUUAAUGCAUUUCAUGUCGGAUAGUUUAAUGCAUUUAUGAAGGACUGUUUAAUGCAUUAUGUGAGAGCUGUCUGAACAUGUGGCCUGGUAGUAGUACUCUCGACGAAUUCGAGUACCAUGUUGACAAUUAUCCGGCAUAGUAUUGAGAUUAAAC